AUUCUCGAAGGACGAAUCGGAACCCAGAUUAUAGAUCUAUUUGUAUUUUUUUGUACAACUGCCCCAUUAUGUUUAAUCUGGUUUAUAUUUUUCGUCAUAUACUCCCGUAGAAAAUUUCAUCAUAUAUUCCCCCAGUGAUUUAGUCUUGGACAAGUAGAUUUCAGAAUUAAAUGUGUAUUGAGCGAUAAUAAAGCUAUAUAACAAUGCACGUCAGCUAUACUAAUAGUGUGGAAUUUAAGGAUUUGCAAGCAACCGCACUAGGAAUAGACUGUAACAAAAACUCUGUUAUAUUAGCGGGGCGAAAAAGUAUAGCCGUAGUUGAUUUGGAGAAAACAGAAAUAGUGCAAAAAUUUGUCCGCAAUUCAAAAUGUGAUGUUAGUGCUUUACACUGCAGCCCGUUUGAAUCUCAAGUUUGUGCGAUUGCUACUGUCCAGAAGGCUGAAAUAUGUGAAUUGAACAGUUGUAGAGUUCGUCAAACUCUUAAAGGCCAUACGAGAACAAUAAAUGACCUAGCUUGGUCACCUGAAAACCCUAAUCGGAUUGCAACCUGCUCCUCAGAUGCUUCUACUUUCCUCUGGGAUCUUAGGACAAACAAGCCUGUGAAGAGCUUGCAAGCCUUUGCCGGAGCUUCUCAAGUACAAUGGAACAAAGUGUCAAAUGAUAUUUUAGCAACAACCCACGAUGGUGACAUAAGAAUUUGGGAUAUAAGAAAAGGAAAUACACCAGUGCAUUACAUUACCGCCCAUCUUAGUAAAAUACAUGGUCUUGACUGGAGCUAUACAAAACAACGUACAGAAUUAUUAACAUGGUCCAAAGAUCAAAAGUUACAUAUUCUAGAAAUAGAUAAUUCACUUCAAAAAACUUGCGGUGAACCCUUUCCAGAGGUGGAAGAGAAGCCGACAGAGUGUUUCUCGCCAAAAGUUGCAACAACCUUGUCAUCAAUAAGUAAUGGGGUAAAUUCAGAUAACCAAAUAGCAGGAAAUACCGUAUCUCCAACUACGUCACUUCAGGAAUUUGAAUUGGCAAAUUUUGAUAAUUUAGAGCACGUCUGUGUACAAAGUAUGGAUCAGGAAAAUGUGACUUGUACUGUCGUUGUAUCUAUUCGACGGAAAUUAGCCACUGUCAAAAUAACGUUUCCUGAUAAAUAUGUAUCGAAUGUUACUCCAACCUUUGAAUUUAUGGAAGAUACAAAUUUAAACGCUGCUUCAAAGCGACAAGUGUCAGAAAUAUUGGUUCAAACGGCAGAGCAGCGUGUUAGAAAUAAUGGACUAUGUUUAGAAUCGUGCGUUAGAAGAUUAGAAAAAGCUAUUGAGAGUCUUCCAGAUGAGCAAAUCAUUGAGAAUGGAUCAAUGUUUCCUACAUACUUUAAUAGAUAUUAUCCUGGUGUUCAAGAAGAUAGCAGGGUGCCAUAUCCAAGACACUGUGGAGCAAGGUUUUCUUCCGUGGGUUUACUUGUUUGUUUUACUCAUCCAUCAAUUAGACGGGGCGACGAGAAGACUCCUCGCUGUUUAGAACAAUUUCAUUACCCUGAUCUUGCAUCUUCAAGUUCGUCUUCAUAUUUCGGUCGAAGUACUUCGCCAGAUCGUAUUUUCAAUUUAUAUCAAAAUGACCCUUGGAUUAUGUCGACAUCUCGAAUGAGAACCAAAUCACGUCUUACAACGGAGGGCUCUUCUCAUAAAAAAACAAUUGACGGAUUUAAGAAAACGCAGACUGUUGUUAUUUACAACAUGGUAUCAGCACUAUCUGUUAAUAGACAGCUAGCAGAACAGUACAUUUUAGAUAGAUAUAAUCUGCCAAGAACUUGUUCACAUAAUGCUCAAGCCGCUGCAAAUGUUGGAAGGAGAGAUUUAUUUCAAGCGUGGUCGGUUUUGGGUGUUGCAGUGGAUACUUCAUUUGCCCUUGAUAAAGGGGGUGAUUACUCACGAUGGUCUGACCAUCCUAUGGGUGUGUCAAUGAUAAAAUCGCUUUUGGAGCACUAUUUAAAAUUGGGUGAUAUACAAACAGUUGCUAUGAUAUCUGCAGCAUUAUCACCAGUUUCACCACCUCAAACCACAUUUCAAGAUGACUGCUCACAAUCGACGGUUGAUACCCCUGAACAACACCUAAGUCUUAAUCUUUCUCGAGUAAAACGAUCUAAUAGUCUAGAAGAAUUUUCAUGGCCUGAAAAUGAAGGAAAAACAACGAUAAGUGAAAAGCCUAUUCCAGAAAAUGAUAGAGUCAAAGUGACUGUUCCAGGAGUACUAGAUGGAGACAAUAAAUUAUACGACGCUAUUAAGUUAACUUACGCAGAAGUAUUAUAUCGAUGGGAGUUGCUUCGCCAGCGAGCAGUGAUUUUAAAAUCUUUAAAAAAUAUACCUUCAACUUAUAUGUUUGAAUUUAAUUAUCGGUGUCCAUUUUGCGGAGAGACAACUCGAUCUAUAAAACACAAGGAACCGAAAUGUCUAAAGAGGCUAUUGACAUGCUCAAUAUGUCAAUUGGAUGUUCGAGGAUUGGCAUCAUACUGCAUAGAAUGUGGACAUGGCGGUCACUCACAACACAUUGAAGAUUGGUUCAAGACCCGCUUUAAAUGUCCAACAGGAUGUGAUUGCGAAUGUCUAUUGAACAGUACAGCGCUUGAAAAAGUAAUAGUUUAG